AUGUGGCUCUUCCGCGCCAUCUCGUCGGGACUCUUCCUGACCGUCACGGUCGCAUCCAUCCCUCUCGCGUUCGAUGUGGGUGGAAAGACAUGCGGUCUGGCCUAUUCGCUUUCCCUCGCGACCUUUUACUUUCUGUUCUCACUCCUGCGACUUUCCACCCCCGAUCGGUCCUGGAUCCGCUCCUCCCUGGUCGUCAUCAUCAGCUCUACGCAGUGGCUUAUAAUCCCGAUCCUGCUUAUCUGGUCGCUCAACCGCUUCUCUAUCGAUAAUGACAACGCGGCUUCAUGGGUGGAACGGACCUUCACCGGCAAGAGGGCCCACGACUCCUCCAUUCAGGAGUGGGUGUUUGGUCCGGAUGGUUUGGUGGAAUCGGUGACGAUUGGCAACUGGGAUAAACUCUUGAGAUGGUCGACACCGGUAUUCCAGCUGGUGGAGGGUUUCUGCAGUUUACUCGUCAUACAAGCUGCAGGGCAAAUCACUCGAUGGCUCGUGAACCGCGGCGGGCGCAGUGAUAGUUGGAUGAUUGGUCUCCUGGUUUUAUCCGCCUCAAUCAUAUCCAGCUCCGUAUAUUUCCUAUGGCGUGUUAUGCAGUUUCCGGAAAUUUCCAAUGUGGAUGCGGCUCUAAUUGGUGUCUCCAUAACAUGCGCGGUGAUCUUGUGCGCCUGGGGUAUCGGUAGCGGCCGGGGAAAUCCAGUGGAGAGCUCCUUGCUAUUUGCCUACAUUGUGCUCUGCCUCUACCAGAUCUUCACAGACUACAAACCCUCUCACCCUCUGGAACAAGCGCCCUCUCCUGCUCAAGCCGGGGAUUUCCCGCCGCUACCACCGAUCAUCAUGGAGUCGUACACCACUCUGAUGCAUGCAUUGUCCACCCUGCCUUCAAUCAUCCACGCCCUGUUCAAUGUUAUCACCGCAGUCUUUGGCGCCGUGACUCCCUCCGUGUUAGUCUCGCUUACCUACCGGAUUCUGGUGCUGUACGCGUCCACUCGAAUCAUUCCCGCAGUUCGCGAGUCUGGCGCUCGCGCCUUGUCGCAAGAAGCCUCGUUGGACGACUCCGAUGCCGCCGGCCAAUUCCUCGGUUUCCUCAGCUACUUCUCCCCCUCGAUUCUCAUCGCCGUGUACACCAGCCUUCUGAUGCAGCACUUCGCUCUGACAUCUCAAGCAAUGGGUGGCAGUGGUGAAUGGUGGAGCAGCCAAGGCGGUGGCGGCGGCAACCUCUGGCGCUGGAUCAACCUUGCCUGCACGAUGGGCUUGUACGCUGUUGAGCUUUACCUCGGCGAGAACGAUGAUCUAGAUACCGGCUUGGCUGGUCACUGGAAGACCGACUGAACGGUACACGGCGAAUCGCAAAUUCAUGUCAAAUUUAUCAACCAUGCAGAGACUUGGGGUAGACACUCGCAGCGUCCUUGAUCCGUCCCUCAGCUAGGCUGCCACCGAUGUUCAUUUACGCAUAUCCUCCAGCUAGGGUUUCUUCAGCAUGCUGGCUGCCCUAGGCCAGCAACGCCAUCGAACGCUCCUCGCUUGUUAGCCGCUUGUUAGCCGCUUGUUAGCCGGAUUGGAGGAAUACCAAGGAUCAUCUCGCAGAAGCAGCGUGCCCGCGACUUCACAUGCCUAUCAGUCGUCCUUGCACCUUGCGUUUCCUCUCACCCUGCAAGGCAUUACAUUAUUCCUUGGCCACCCCACGAAUGGUGCUCGUCAUGGAGGGACGGACACUGUCCCCGUGGACUUCGUAAUCAACAACACAG